GAAAACUUUCCAUAGUGCGUACGCAGCGAACAUAGAUACAAAAGUAUCUUGGCGACAAUAACAAAAGUGACAGUGAAUAGCAAAAGAUACAAGUUAAAGCAAAGUCUAGUAAUACAUCCAAGCUACUAAAGAUACUCAAAUAUCUAUACUUUGCACUCUGAGAUACAAUAUCUAUACUUUGCCAAUGUGGAUACAGCGUUUGCGAUGCUCGACGGCUGCGUCGAUCACUCGUCAAAGCUUAAGAAGCUUUGCAGCAGCGAGCAGCAGCAAUAAUACAAAUUUUGAUAGCGGCAAUCAUGAGACAACAGCUGUGGAUGAUCGACAUCCGUUGAAGGGCAUUCGCGUAUUGGAUUUGACCCGCAUCGUUGCCGGCCCUUAUUGCACCAUGGUGCUGGGCGAUUUGGGUGCGGAGGUGAUCAAAGUGGAGCGUCCGCAUUUCGGAGACGAGGCACGCAAAUGGGGACCGCCAUUUCUCCAGCACAGUGGGGAUGCUGCCUAUUUUCUCGCUCAGAAUCGCAACAAGCAAAGCGUUUGCAUUGACGUGAAGCGUGGUCAGAAAAUCAUGCACGAACUGAUCGAACGUUGUGAUGUACUUGUGGAGAACUACGUGCCUGGCACCUUAGAUCGCUAUCAGCUGGGCUAUGAGCAAGUGCGUCAGGUUAAUCCUCAGCUCAUCUAUUGCACUAUAAGUGGCUACGGUUCGGUGGGACCUUAUGCCAAGCGACCCGGCUACGAUGUGAUCGCUUCGUCCAUGGGCGGACUUUUGCACAUCACGGGCCAGCGCGAUGGACCGCCCAGCAAAGUGGGCGUGGCCGUCACGGAUAUAGCCACCGGAUUGUAUGCGCAUGGCGCGAUUUUGGCCGCUUUACUGCAACGUCAACGCACUCAGCGGGGUCAAAAGAUCGAUGUCGAUCUGUUGUCCACUUGCGCAUCGCUUCUGAUCAAUGUUGGGAGUAAUUAUUUGAAUGCGGGCACCGAGGCAAAGCGUUGGGGCACAGCUCACUCCAGCAUUGUGCCGUAUCAGAGCUUCAAGACUGUGGACGGUUAUUUAACUGUGGGAGCUGGCAGCGAUGCUCAGUUUGUGGAGCUUUGUCAGCGACUCAAGAUCGAUGAGGUUCCGCAGAAUGACAAAUUCAAAACGAACAAGGAUCGUGUGAAAAAUCGUGAAGAACUUGUCGAGUUGCUAUCGAAAAUACUAUCAAAAGAUACUUCGAAAAACUGGAUGAAUCAUUUUGAGGGCGCAUCCUUUGUGGUGGGUCCUGUGAACAGCAUUCGCGAAGUGUUCGACGAUGAGCAUAUCAAAGCUAUUGGCCUGGUCAAAACGUUGCCUCACGCCAAGGACGAAAGUGUCAAGGUUGUUGGUCCACCUGUUGUCUACAGUGAAGCUCGCAAUGAUGCACGCACUGCGCCUCCCAUGUUGGGUGAGCACACGGAUGAAGUGCUAAGCAAACUGUUGGGUUAUGAUGCUGACAAAAUCGCCAGUCUACGCGAACAGCGCAUUAUUCAGUAAUAUAUAGUAUAUAUGGAAAAUCGUUUGUAUAUAUUAUAAUAAAGUAAACUUUUGAAUCUUUUUUU